AAGUUGAGAGAACUUUUGUCUUCGCAACAUGUCAAAAAGUCACAUACACACCAUUUUCUCUUUAUUGAUAAAGUUUUUCUUAAAUGCAGGAAAAUUUAAGAAACUCAAAUAUAGAAAUUUCAAAUCAAGCCAUGACCCCUAUAUAUAGCAUCCUUGGUCAUCACAAGCCAAAUCAGGAAUAUCAUAUCAAAAAUGGAAUAUCGAAACUAUUAUUUAAGCUUUUUACUUGCUUUAUUUCUCUCAUGUCCCUACUCUAGUUUGCUUGCACAAAAUCCACCAUACAAAGCUGUGAAUCUAGGAAACUGGCUCUUGGCUGAGGGGUGGAUGAAACCUUCUCUCUUUGAAGGAAUUGUCAACAAAGAUCUAUUGGAUGGAACUCAAGUACAACUUAUGUCCACAAAGUUUCAAAAAUAUCUUGCAGCUGAUAAUGGGGGAGGAGCAGGUAUUGUAGCCAACCGUGACUCAGCUUCUGGUUGGGAAACAUUCCCGCUUUGGAGGGUCAAUGACACAUACUUCAAUUUUAGAGUCUUUAACAAGCAAUUUAUGGGGAUAAAUAAUCAAGGAGACAACAAAAUUGUAGCCGUUUCAAAUUCACCUAGCAACCAAGAAACAUUUCAGAUUAUAAGGAACAGUGGUGAUCCCCUCAAAAUUCGAAUCAAAGCAUCAAAUGGUCUAUAUUGGCAGGUUCGAUCAGAGACAUUAGUGACAGCUGAUUAUGGUCAAGGCACAAGUUGGGAAGAAAGUGACCCAUCAGUAUUUCGUAUGAAAAUUGUAAGAACUUUAGAAGGAGAGUACCAACUUACUAAUGGUUAUGGUCCAGAUAAAGCUCCUCAAGUGUUAAGGGACCAUUGGAAUUCUUACAUAACUGAAGAUGAUUUCACAUUCAUGUCACAAAAUGGAUUAAAUGCAGUGAGAAUACCUGUUGGAUGGUGGAUAGCUCAAGAUCCAAACCCACCUAAGCCUUUUGUUGGAGGAUCAUUGGCAGCAUUAGACAAUGCUUUCACAUGGGCACAAAUCCAUGGGAUGAAAGUGAUUGUGGACUUGCAUGCAGUUGAAGGUUCUCAAAAUGGUAAUGAUCACAGUGGAACAAGAGAUGGAUUUAUAGAAUGGGGUGAAUCAUACAUACCUCAGACAGUCUCUGUCAUAGAUUUCCUAGCAAAAAGGUAUGGUAAUAGACCAAGUUUAGGAGGAAUAGAGUUGAUGAAUGAGCCACAAGGUGUCAAUCUAGAUAGCCUCAAGAAAUAUUACAAGGAGGCUUAUGAUGCAGUGAGGAAAUACAAUCCAAAUGCUUAUGUGAUAAUGUCAAACCCAUUGGAUGCAGAUUCUAAAGUACUUCUCUCAUUUGUCACUGGAUUCAACAAAGUUGUCCUUGAUGUGCAUUACUACAAUCUUUAUUCGGACAAAUUCACUAACAUGAAUGUUCAACAAAAUAUUGACUACAUAAACAACGAAAGAGCCUCAGAUCUUAGCGGCGUCUCUUCAACAAACGCUCUUAGUUUUGUAGGGGAAUGGACUGAUGAGUUUCUUGUGCAAGGUGCAUCUAUGCAAGACUACCAAAGAUAUGGCCAAGCACAACUAGAUGUGUAUUCUCGUGCAACAUUUGGAUGGGCUUAUUGGGCAUACAAAUGUCAAUAUAACCAUUGGAGUCUCAAGUGGAUGAUCGAGAAUGGUUACAUAAAGCUCUAGAUGUAAGGGGUUACUUUCCCCACCCCGAACAUCAAAUAUUUGUUAUCCAAAGAAACGAGAACAACACACAUUUUUCAAAUACUCUCUUUGAUUGGUUAAAGUUCACAUACGUCUCACAAAAUUUAUAUGGGAACCACAUGAUUUGAUGAAACUCAUGUAAAUUUUAACCAAUCAAAAAGAGUAUAUUGAAAAGUGUAUGUUAAAGUACGUAUUGCUAACAUUUCUCGCUUUAUCUGACUGUAAACUUAAAUAAUAUGAGGAUUUUGUAGUAGCAAAGGUGAGGAAAAGUAAUGGCCAUAAAUGUAUUGUGCUUAUACUAAUUAAUAAAAUACUACAUUUCAAUAUAUGAAGGCAUAUCAAAUUCCAUAAA